CGCGGCCGACGUUCGCGGCGCUUCAUUGCGAAGCCGCUGGACGCACACCGAGCGUCGACACAUGUGCCACAAUCUUAUUCCGCGGUCAUCCGUGGUGGGAAAUCCGGCGCGGUGAUUGGCCAAUCCAAGAUCGCACCACCAACGGGACCGUCCAUUUUGCCUUUUCAACCACCAUGCUGCUUCCGAUCGCAACGACGUUGAACGAGGCGCCUCUGCGCGCGUGGAGUCUCCUCGGACCCGUCUACGUCCGCCUCUCUGCGCCAGAGCUGUCGAGUGCAGCGUUUUCACCGGCGCUUCUGGCGACAACGCGACUCUACGUCGGGCCAUUCUCGCCCGACGCCAUUGACGCGGCCGUCGUGUGGCUCGACCACGGCGCGCACAAGGCCGUGUUCCAUACCACAUACACAGCGCUCGUCAGCGGCGGCAUUGCAUUGGACCUGCCCGCGGACCGCGUCCUCCUCUCGGUGGCCGUCACCAGCGCCGACGUGGCGGCGCUCGCAACGACGCUGCCAGCCGUGACGGCCUUUGCCUCUGGUCUGCUCUUGCAGCUUCCAGCUGACGUGUCGCCCGAGGCGGUUUUGCCUUUGCGCAAGGCAUUGCCCGAAGGGUUCUUGAUCGCGGUCGACGCACCGGGUACAGCGAUCGCCACCGACGUCAAGCCGUUGCAUGCACAGCACUUGAGUCUGGCGGCGGUACCCAGCACCACCGACGUGGUCACCGACGCCUUUAUCCGGUGCCUCAAGAGCGACCGUCUAGAUGGACUCUUUACUACCGUCGUCACCGACGCGUCAGGCGUGGCGCUUGGCCUGGUCUACUCGAGCGCCGAGAGCAUUUUGGCGUCCGUCCAGCAGCGCCGUGGCAUCUACUACUCCCGGUCCCGAAAUGGACUCUGGCCCAAAGGCGACUCGUCCGGCCACGUCCAAGAGCUCAUCCAGCUGGACAUGGACUGCGACUCGGACGCGCUGCGGUUCACGGUCUUCCAGCACAGCCCGGCACGCGCAACGACGCCGGAUGCAGGCAGCUUUUGCCACCUCGAGACGCGCACGUGUUGGGGACCGGCGAUGGGCAUUCGCCACCUCCAGGCCACACUGCAGGACCGCAAGCAGUCGGCGCCGCCCGGCUCGUACACCAAGCGCCUCUUUGAUGACAUGACAUUGCUGCGCAAUAAGCUCGUUGAGGAAGCGCAGGAGCUCGCCGAGGCCACUGACGCCGUGCACGUGGCCGAAGAAGGUGCUGACGUCCUGUACUUUGCCAUGGCCCGCUGCGUCGCGGCCGGCGUGAGCUUCCAGGACAUUGAGCACCAGCUCAACAUGCGCGCACGCAAGCUCACGCGGCGACCGGGCAACGCCAAGGCGUACCGCAUUGACGCUGCAAACGCGAUUCUGGCCAAGGACCAGUAGCUCGUCGCUAGCUAGGAUGAUGACCAUCAAGACACGCGUAGAAUGCGCAUUGAUGGGCGCAGCCGCGCGAGUGACACUGCCGGGCGUGGCACCGCGCGUCGUCGCAUGUUGAAGUUAGGGCGCAAUCCGUGCCUGUGGCUGAUCCUGCCUGCCUCCAGCCGCCUGCCGAUCAGAUCGGCUGGUGUGUUAGAACCGUCGGCGUCGUUAUAACAUGUCGUGGUGCCGUUAGAUCCGC